CUGAGAUCUCGAGACCCCACGGGCCCACCGACUCAUCUGCAUUUUUUAUCGCACCAGUCCUCCCAUCAUGUACCUGAUAAACUGUGACGGGUCAUACCGGCUCGAGUCCCACUACAGCCCGACUGGCGUGAGGUACCUCAUUCUGUCGCAUACAUGGGGCGACGACGGAGACGAGGUAUCUUACCAGGACAUGGGUAAUCCGAAAAUGGCUCGGAGGAAAAAGGGCUUCGGGAAGAUCAAGGAAAUCUGCGCCAGGGCCCGGCGAAAUGGCAUCCCAUACGCUUGGGUCGACACCUGCUGCAUUGAUAAGAGCAGCAGCACCGAGCUAUCGGAGUCCAUCAACUCCAUGUACGACUGGUACCAGCGCGCCGUAUGCUGCGUCGCCUAUCUCGAGGACUUGAGGGCGGGGAGCGACGAAGCCCCCGAGAACCAGCUCCGCCUCUGUCGGUGGUUCACCCGAGGCUGGACCCUACAGGAGCUCAUCGCCCCCGGAUCGGUGCUAUUCGUCGACGAAAGGUGGAACGAGCGGGGGACCAGGCGCAGCCUCAGUCCCGUGCUCUCGCGUAUCACGGGGAUCAGCACCGCCGUUCUCGACGGCACCCGCCCCCUGCACAGCGUCGCGGUGGCCCAGAGGAUGUCCUGGGCGGCGCGGAGGCUGACCACCCGGGUCGAGGAUAUAGCCUACUGCCUGCUGGGCAUCUUCGACAUCAACAUGCCCCUGCUCUAUGGGGAGGGGCAAAAGGCAUUUGUCCGGCUCCAGCAGGCCGUUCUGCAGCAGACUGGCGACCUGUCUGUCUUCGCCUGGGACGUCUCCCGGCCGGACGAUCGUGGCCUCGACACCGCCGCCUCGCACGAGUCCAGGAUCGCGUACAUUGAGGCCGCCCCUUUUGCGCUCCACCCUGCGUGCUUUCGGAGCUGCGAGAUGGUGGAGCGCUUUACCGGCAACGUUCUCCCGAGCCCCGCCAUCACUAUCACGAGCGCCGGCGUUCGAUUUUUUGCCUGUAUCACCACCGCCGCCGAUGGCGAAGGCAGCGGCGGCGGGAAUGGCCUUCAGCUCCUCCACCUCCAGUGCAAGGUCGCUCCCGACCCGGCGAAACAGGACGCGUACGUGACCCUCGCCAUCCCCUUAGGGCAGGUGCCCGACGGGUAUAUGCGGUGGGCCGACGCGUUCUGCCCCGUGAGCCCCUCUCACUCGCUAGACCUCGGCGGGUCCGGGUCCCGUCAAGUCCUUACCGAGAUCUGUCUCGUUUCCGGAGCGCACCUGCGCUCCAUUUUAUCGGCCAGCCGGGGGGGCCGGCCGGCCACCUGCGUCGUCAAAUGGGACCCGGACGUCCCGGACGUCGCCUCGUCGUACUAUCCACAGCAUUUGUGGGACCCUGGCAGCUGCUCCUUUUACGCCGAGUGGUCCGACGUCUUCUUAGGCGCCAUCGAGGUCAGGGUCCCUAGCAAUGAUGCCUCCCGCAAUGCUGCCGAAGGGUCUACCGGGGGAUCCAAGUUUUGGGUACUGUGCGGUAUGGCGAGAACGGCGGCGGUGGCGGCGGCAGAACCUAGAAACGACCAUCGGCAUGGCAAGCGCAAAGCCGGCGAUCGCGGAGUCGUUAGCAGCGACGACGGCUACGAGGCUCCGGAAUCCGUACACCCUAGCGGACGUGUCGCUCGCUCUGAGGACGGAGCUCCGGGGCGUGCACGCCACGUUUCCCCGGACCUGCACGGUUCCGUAUGGUGCCGGCGCUAG